AAAAAAGGCAGCUGGCCACGCUUGCAUCAUUAUAUUUAACGUAAUUUCUUUGUGUUAAAUUCAAUUCAGGGUAAUUAAAUUGUGCAUUAAGUUAACGUUUAUUUGCAACAAAGCAACGUCGCCAUACUUCUUAGUCAAUUCGAGCACGCGAUGAGUGAACUCGAAGCACCACCAUCUAAGAAGCAAAGAAUAGAGGAUGUCACCGAAGACCUGGACACCGAUAGACAGAUCGAUGAAGAUAAGUUUGACAACUUUGUCCGGCCCGAGGAGUUGGAGAGGCUGCGGGAGUUCAAGGUGCUCGAUGAAGUCAAGUCUAACGAUGAGGAUAGUGAAGAGGAGACGGAUGAGGAGGAUGAUGAUGGCAAGUCCGAGGGCGUCCCCGAAGAAGAAAUCGAGAAGAUGCUGGAAGAAGACCUGCCGGAGGACUUCAAGGCUGCUCCCAAGCCUAAGGAGAAAGCGUACAUAACUAGACAAAAGACUGUUUUAGAAGAAAAGGGUGUAAACCAAUUCGAGGUGCUUCCCCUGGAUUGGAUGAUGGUGCGGCACUAUAGCGGCAUGCCCGUUUACAUGCACCGCGGGACUCGCGUCUGCACGCUGGCGAAACCAUACUCGCUCGGCAAGGGUAACACGAGACGGCACGACAUCCCAAUCAGCGCUAUACCGUGCCUCGCGUACCGGCGCGCUUUAGAAGAGGAGGAAAAACAGAAAGAGAUAGACGAAAAGAUCAAAGAACAGAUCGAAAGCGGCGCCUGGGCUAGAAUGGGACAGAACGAUCAUAAUAAAAAUGUAACCAACAAUACUAGUAAUAGUACGCAGGAAAAUAAAAGUAUUAGUGGAAAUGAUGAUAGUAGUAGAGACACCACUAGCCAGGAUAUUCAAUUAAAUGUUAAUCUAAAACCUAGCGAAAAUUUAGAAAAUACACAACCAAAAGAAAUACGCGAAAACAUAUUAAAUUCUACAGAACACCUAUCAAAAGAAAUACAAGAAAUAAAACAGGAAAUUGUAAUCAAUGAAGAAAUAAUUAUUGAGCUCGAAGAUAUAAGCAAAGAAAUAAAAAGGGAGUGUCCUUAUAAACAUAAUAACAAAAUAAAUGAGAAUGAUGAUAAAAAUGUAGAGAUUGAAAUGCCUGAUGAAGAAAUUAUAAUACCCCGUGAAGUAAAUAAAAUACCUGACGAAGUUAAUAAAAUACCUGAUGAAGUAAAUAAAAUACCUGAUGAAGUAAAUAAAAUACCUGAUGAAGUUAAUAAAAUACCUGAUGAAGUAAAUAAAAUACCUGAUGAAGUAAAUAAAAUACCUGAUGAAGAAAAUAAUGAGAUAGAAAAUGAGAAUGAAAGAGAUGAAACACCGCUUAAUCAGCAGCCCGUGAUAUUGCCCGGGGGUAUCGUUAUGCCCCCGCCGAGGGUGGAGACUGUGAAUACUAGUUGGAAGACGCAACAGUUGACACAUGAGCAAAUUAAUGAUUAUUGCAAGAAGCUGUUUAAGUUUAAAACUGUUAAUAUUAUGCAUUUCAGGCGGUGGGCAGACAGACGCAAAUACGCUAAGGCUCGGAAGACGCUUCAGUAUCCAACGUUACCGGAAGGCACCAAACUUAUCACCAUACCAGCUCAGCCUGCCAACGGGCAAGAUAAUGGCGGUAAGGCGAGCAAGCGCGACUGGGUGAUGAACAUGAAUGGCCGCAGUUACCUCUCCGUGUUCCAUGAAUACGUGCGUCGCGCUCUACAGAAACAGCCCGUUUACGAGUUCAAACAGCUAGAAAAUGCUUCCUCCCCUUACCAAGCCACGGUGCACAUCGGCGGCAUGCAGUACGGGUCGGGGCGCGGCUCCAGCAAGCGGCAGGCCAAGUCCGCGGCCGCGCGCGCCUCCAUACACAUCCUCAUCCCGGAGAUGAGGGCCGAGCUCGACGCGCCGCAAGCUGACCCGGAUUUCACUUUUUUCGACUACGUAGGUAUCGAGGACCCGCGUAUCUCGGAGUUCUGCGCGGCGACUUGUGAGCCGUCACCGCACGCUAUACUUCGCACGUGUCUCCUGCGCAACUUCGGCGCACAGGACCGGCAUAUACACACCGAGAUGAAAAAAUUGGAAUACCAGAAGAUCGAGUUGACUAUGCGCGUCGGCCGACACUCCGCCACCGUCGUCUGUAAAAACAAGAAGGCGGCCAAACAGCGAGCCAGCCAGGCCAUACUGCAGGCGCUACACCCACAUGUUCGUUCUUGGGGCUCGCUGCUCCGUCUGUACGGGUCGCGCUCCGUCAAGAGUUGCAAGGAGAAGAAGAUAGAGGAGCAGCAAAUCACCUUACUGCAAGACAAGGCUCGUCACAACGAACCGAACUACGCCGUACUGGAGAAACUUCGCAACGAGAUGAGAAAACUAAAGGAAAGGGACGAGGCCGUCGUCCCCAUCGGCACUCUGCUCGUCAAGGACGACCUGCCCACACAUUCCGGGUCCAAUCUCAACAACGUAGAUCUCUAAGAAGAAACUAGA